GGCUUCAAUCGAUGUCAACCUCGACCAGGUUAACCCAGGAGCUCGCUAUCAUUUGAGCAGUCGACAUCCAAAUCACAAUUUUCUACAGAAAGAAGCCCCUUUCCUGAAUCUACGCAGAAACAAGCCUAACAAUGCAUCCCCCGUCUCCCCAACUUCUCCGCGCCUUGCGCACCUCUAUCUCGGCCAACCCCAGGGCCACCAUUGCCUGCACACAACUAGCAUCUCGAUCUAUCUCCCCCGUUUCUCAGAUCACACCUCUUCUAAUCUCCCAUCGCAACAACAGCAAUCAUGCCCGUCCAACCCGGAUGAUUCCUCGCGCUCACACCGCAAAGCCCUCGAACCGCGACCGCGGCCCGCCGUCCAAGGAAGACACCCAGACUGACUUUGCCGCGCUCAACGUGCUCGGGAACAUCCCUGCCCCGACGACCGCGAUCGACGCCACUCUUGAUACGGGGUUCCAUUUGAACAAUGGCGUCAAGAUCACCGGCGGUGAUGGGGUGUUGCUUAUCGGUGGAGAGGCUUUUGCCUGGCGGCCGUGGCACGGUGUGGAAGGAGGUAAAGACAGUAUGGUGAAUAAGAAGGGCCAGUUUGAGGUGGGUGAGCAGGCUUGGGGUAUUUUAAAUUUGGUUUGGCCUCGUCCGGAUAUGCUGAUUAUUGGAAUGGGAGAAACUGUGUUUCCUCUGUCGCCUGAGACGAAGAGACAAAUCAAUUCCUUGGGCGUGCGGGUGGAAAUGCUGGAUACGAGAAAUGCCGCGGCGCAGUUCAAUUUGCUUGCUACUGAAAGAGGCGUGUCGGAGAUUGCUGCGGCUAUGAUUCCGAUCGGGUGGAAGGGAAGGUAGAUUGAUCCCUGGGUGUGAUGUGUGAUGCGUGAAGCAUAGGGGGUUGGUGGAUAUGCGGUGGCUGGGACUAGUUCUGAUGUUGUGGCGGUUGGGGGAGCUGCGACCUCGUCGGACUACGUAUAAUCUCCUCUUCGGAUGGGCAAUUGUCCAUGUAUAUCAUGUAUAAUAGAUCGAUCUGGGUACAGAACUGUAUGCAGUACUGUGUGUGUGCGUGCGUGUAUAUCGCUGUGCCAUAAAGACCUUCCUGCGAU